GAGGCGGAUCCUCCUACCUGGGGCGCGCUCGCUCCCUUGCAGCUCGCUGGCCGGGACCGCGAGUCACCUGGGGAGGCCGACAAGUGCGGACACAUUGGCCGCCGCGGCGCUCGGCGAAGCGCGCACGGCCCCGGGCGGCUGCGCCCAGUACAGGCAGCGCCUGCCCAGCCGCCGCGCUCGGGCCCGGUCCCCGUCCGCGCUCGUGGGGCCCCGCGAUCGCUCGGCCGUGCUCCGAGGUUGCGGCCCCCAGCCUAGGUCACUCCCCCAGGCGCGAGCGGAGGCGGCGGCGGCGGCGGCGACCCGGGCUCACCAUGGUGGCAGCGCGCGCCGAGUGCCCGCGCGUCGCCAGUCGCCCGAGCCGCAGCGCCGGCUGAAGCGGUCCGCCGAGACCCCCCGCCCCCGCCCGCUCCCCGCCCCGCCCGCGCGUCCCCACCGGCCGCCGCUGUCUAUGGCGCAGCCCCCCUCCCUGGAUCAUGCACAGAAACUUUCGCAAGUGGAUUUUUUACGUGUUUCUCUGCUUUGGCGUCCUCUACGUGAAGCUCGGAGCGCUAUCCUCGGUCGUGGCCCUGGGAGCCAACAUCAUCUGCAACAAGAUCCCCGGCCUGGCCCCGCGGCAGCGCGCCAUCUGCCAGAGCCGGCCCGACGCCAUCAUCGUGAUCGGCGAGGGCGCGCAGAUGGGCAUCAACGAGUGCCAGUACCAGUUCCGCUUCGGGCGCUGGAACUGCUCCGCGCUCGGCGAGAAGACGGUCUUCGGGCAGGAGCUCCGAGUAGGGAGCCGUGAGGCUGCCUUCACGUACGCCAUCACCGCAGCGGGCGUGGCCCACGCGGUCACCGCCGCCUGCAGCCAGGGCAACCUGAGCAACUGCGGCUGCGACCGCGAGAAGCAGGGCUACUACAACCAGGCCGAGGGCUGGAAGUGGGGCGGCUGCUCGGCCGACGUGCGCUACGGCAUCGACUUCUCCCGGCGCUUCGUGGACGCGCGCGAGAUCAAGAAGAACGCGCGCCGCCUCAUGAACCUGCACAACAACGAGGCAGGCAGGAAGGUCCUGGAGGAGCGCAUGAAGCUGGAGUGCAAGUGUCACGGGGUGUCGGGCUCCUGCACCACCAAGACCUGCUGGACCACGCUGCCCAAGUUCCGCGAGGUGGGCCACCUGCUCAAGGAGAAGUACAACGCGGCCGUGCAGGUGGAGGUGGUGCGGGCCAGCCGCCUGCGGCAGCCCACCUUCCUGCGCAUCAAGCAGCUGCGCAGCUACCAGAAGCCCAUGGAGACGGACCUGGUGUACAUCGAGAAGUCGCCCAACUACUGCGAGGAGGACGCGGCCACGGGCAGCGUGGGCACGCAGGGCCGCCUGUGCAACCGCACCUCGCCCGGCGCGGACGGCUGCGACACCAUGUGCUGCGGCCGCGGCUACAACACGCACCAGUACACCAAGGUGUGGCAGUGCAACUGCAAGUUCCACUGGUGCUGCUUCGUCAAGUGCAACACCUGCAGCGAGCGCACGGAGGUCUUCACCUGCAAGUGA